AUGUCGCAGCAAACACGCCGCAAAUGGUUCGAUUGCGCAGAAUGCCAUGCCGAGUCAGAGACACACGACCUCAAGCCCACCCUCGAAAUGGUCUUUGCGUGCAAAAAGUGCAAAAAGGCUUUCCGCAAGGACGUUCAGGAGUUUGAAGAGAGUGACGAGUACUGCCCACACUGCGACAACCACUUUGUCCUCGAAGCAAAGACGCCGCAGGCUAGACUGCAAGUCGAGAGUGAGGAUGUCCGAAAGGACGCUCGUUUUGUCAAGGACGAGCGUGUGCGCGAGGAAGAGCAGCAGACCAUCUGGAACUUGAAAGAGGCAAGCGAGAGACUGGGUUGA